CUCUCUCUCUCUCUCCUUCCCUCCGUCUGUUAUUCUGUUUCCUCUCUGUUGCGGCUGCUGCUCUUUGAUCCCGAUCGAGGGAGGAUGGGUCCAGGUCUCUACUUCGAGAUCGGCAGGAAGGCCAGAGAACUCCUUUAUAGGGAUUACCAGACGGACCACAAGGUCACCGUCACCACCUGCACCUCGAAUGGAGUCGAAAUUACAGCAUCGGGCACAAGAAAGAAUGAUUUGAUUUUUGGUGAGAUUCAAUCUCACAUAAAGAACAAGAAUGUCACCUUUGAUGUGAAAACAAACUCAGAUUCAAAUGUUACAACAACAAUUACCAUUGACGAACUUGCCAGCCCAGGGUUGAAGACAAUUUUCAGUUUUGUUGUUCCAGACCAGAGGUCUGGGAAGGUUGAGAUUCAAUACUUGCAUGAUUAUACUGGGAUUAAUGCGAGUAUUGGAUUGACAGCAAAUCCUGUGGUUAACCUUUCUGGUGCGGUUGGAUCUAAGACUCUCUCAGUUGGUGCUGAUGUAGCAUUUGACACUGCAACUGGGAAAUUCAUCAAGUACAAUGCUGGUUUGAGCAUCACUAAUGCUGAUCUUAUUGCUGCCUUGACUCUGAAUAACAGGGGAGACAGCUUGACUGCUUCCUAUUAUCACCUAGUUAAGUCUUUGUCAAGGACAGCAGUUGGUGCGGAGCUGACACAUAGUUUCUCAAGUAAUGAGAACACACUCACCUUUGGAACUCAGCACGCACUGGACCGCCUGACCACCGUAAAGGGACGUAUCAACAGUUAUGGUAAGGCUAGUGCACUCAUCCAGCAUGAGUGGAAACCCAAAUCAUUUCUGACUAUCUCAGGAGAGAUUGACACCAAGGCCAUUGAGAAGAGUUCAAAAGUAGGCUUAUCCUUGGUUCUCAAGCCAUGAUGAAAAGUUGGGUACCAUUUGCACUGUGCCUCCAUUUCACAAUGGAUGGUAGCAUGAUUUUCAAUCGUUGAAUCUUUUUGCUGGUGCUUGUUCUAUGGUACAAAUGGCAGCAUUUAUUCUCCUUUUGUUUCUAUACGAGUCUGUUAGAAUAAUUUUUUGGUGAUCGGGACCAGAUCUUGUCCCAUAUAUUCUCACUUCCAGAAAUUUAGUCUUGCUUCGUGCAGAGAUUCGUUUUGGCCAUUGCUUUAUGCUGCA